CCUCCGAGGCGCGGCGGGAGCGCGGUGGCUACUGCCUCCGGCGCUCCGAGGGCUCCCGCGGCCCGAGGGCUCUCCUGUUCCUAGUUCUCCCGCGGCCCGAGAUCAGCGCUGCCCGAGGUCGCCGCCCCCACCAUGCCGCUGAGAGGUCCUGAGCUGCUCCUGCUGCUACUCUGCGGCCUGCGAGCCGAGAUUCAGGAACAGGAGGUCAGAGCAAUGGUGGGCAGCGACGUCCAGCUCAGCUGUGUCUACCCUGAAGGAAACAGCUUCGAUUUAAAUGACCUUUAUGUUUACUGGCAAAUCCCGGACAAACCAAAUACCUACUCCGUGGUGACUUACUACCUCUCCGGGAACAACUCCGCUGGCCACAGCGACAACCACUACAAGGGCCGGGCCCAGCUGUCCCUGGACAGCAUGAAGCGGGGUGACUUCUCUCUCCACCUGCGCAAUAUCACCCCCCAGGACGAACAGAAAUUUAACUGCCUGGUGUUUCGGAAAUCCUUAGAAUUAAAAAAGAUUUUGGAAGUUGUGGUCACGCUGCACGUGGCAGCGAACUACAGCAUGCCUGUGGUCAGCGGCCCGUCCCAGGAUGAGGAGUUCACCCUCACGUGCACGUCCACAAAUGGCUACCCGAGGCCGAACGUGUACUGGAUCAACAGGACAGACAACAGCCUGCUGGACCUGGCCCUGCAGAACAGCACCGUGUCCUUGAACGAGCGGGGCCUGUAUGACGUGGUCAGCAUCCUGAGGCUCGGGCGGACGCCCAGCGUGAACGUGGGCUGCUGCAUAGAGAACGUGCUGCUGCACCAGAACCUGACCGUCAGCAGCUGGACAGGAAUGUUCACCGGAACCAAGGACAGCUUCACGGAGAACCCAGCCGAUGGCACCCGCGAGUGGGGAGGCGGGGCGGUUCCCAGCAUCCUGGCCGUGCUGGCCGUGGUCGUGGCUGUGGCCACUGGCUGGCUGUGCAGGAGCAGGUGCCCCAGCCGGAGCUACGCAGGUGCCCAGGCUUCGAGGCCAGAGGUGGAAGUCACCGGCGUCUCCAGUCCCUCUGUUUUCACCAACCUGAGUCCUGAGAUCAGCCUCUGCCUCCAAAGUGAAAGUCAGCUGACUUGCCACCCACGCCCUCUCCCUCUUUCCUCCCAAGAGCACGUGUGACAAGAGUGGAGCCCCAGGCCUGGACAGGGCCCCGGGAGAGGCCCAGCAGGGACGUCGGACGGCAGCUUGGGAAGUGACUCUGGCCGGCUGGGCAGAGGGGACUGUCUGCGCCGUUAGCACUGGGAUGCACGGACGUGGAGCCCCCCGGCUUUGGGGGGACAGGCAGGGCUUUCCCUGGAAGGACCACACGGACCCCAGGAGCACGUGUUGCGCGCUUCCCUGAUCCCAGCGGGCGGCCUUUUCCCAAGGCCAGCAGCUCUGGGUACGCGGACCCCCGAGUAAGUGGGCUCCCUCCUUCACUGCCAAACCGAAUGAGAAGGGCUGUGACGGCUCCUUCCCACCCUCGGCCCCCCAGAGCCCGCAGCUCUUCUCAACACCCUGGACUCGCGCUGUGGGACCAGUGUCCAAGGCCGGAGGAAGGGCAUCUGGUUCAGAAAGAGGCAAGAGGACGCCUGCCCUCAUCUGGGGUGACCUCGGCUGGGAUGGUCAGUCCUGCUGCAGUGGCCUGCUCGCUGGCUCCGCUGUUCAGGCUCGUGCCCCACCUCCGCCUUGAAGGCACAGGGCCCUGGAGUCUGUCACGUGGGACCUAAAGCAGGAAGUGGUGGACACUGAAGACUGCCCGGAAUCCAUGUUCUUCUAGGGCAUUUGCACCGGGAAGAAAACCCGACCUCUUUUGUUUUGGUCAAAAGCUAGGUUUUCCUCCUCAAAAGCACAACGAAAUUUUUCAAUGUCUGUGCUGGGCUGUGCAGCCAUCUGUGCUGGGGACGUCCCGGGGGGACGCACCUGGAGAGGCAGGAGCCCAGCCUGGGCGGGGCUGAGGCUCGUGUUUCCAGCGGACACUGGCCUGGACAGGUGGUCAUCGUGGUCCUUCAGAAUGGGGCUGUUCUCCUGGCACUUGGCAGCCUUCCAAAUGCAGCAGAAACUCCCUCGAAGUGUGCUGGGCGGCCUCUGCCCCCGGCCCUGUGGCCCACAGCCCCUUGCUGAUCUCCCAUGAGGACCUGCACAGUCUCAAGGCAAAACCUCGUCUCAAACCUUGGGCUCCUGGGAGCCCACCAGGUCCCCCAGUGACUGGAGUGGAGCAGUGGCUACGGGGGCGUGCAGCCGGGGCCUGGACCCCACCCAGACGGUUUCCAUGUUGGUUCCUGGAUUGAAUCUAGCAGUUUGUUGUUUUUGGAAGGUUCCACAAAGGAGGCGCACCCCCCAGGAAAACAAGCCUGUUUUGCCCCUGGUCGCUCAGCACCGAAGGGCAGGGUGUGGGAGGCCUGCAUUUCCCAGACUCGCGGCAAACUUGGCGAGGCCGGCUCAGUGCAGAGCCUGAGCCAAGAUGUGUUUCUGGGAACCCUUCAUGAGUUUCUGCACCACAAGGCCCUCACACGGCUUUUCCACAAAUGUGAUGAGGACUCUACUCAGACUUUUAACAUGAAAGCAUUACAAGACA